GACAUGAGAAGGAGGGAGAUUGUGAGAACUGUAGGAGUAAGAGGAAAGGAGACAAUCAUAACACAGGCUGGCAAAAGGAAUUCAAGAGGUUAGUGUGUUCAUGUGCACAAUGCAGAAAAAAGUAAAAAACAUGUCGGACUCGGCUCAUCUUCCCAGAUCUUUGUGUGUGGUGGUUUUACCCAACAAGACGCAACUCAACAUUAAUGUUGGGCUAAAAUGCAAAGGACAAGAGAUAAUAAGUCAACUAUCUCAAUUACUUGGUAUUACAGACCUUCAUCUUUUUGGGCUGAGUUUACAAAAGGAAAACAACCACCUAUUUCUGGACCUGGAGAAGAAACUAAUCACCUACUUCCCUCAAUCAAAGAAGCAGACGAUACUGCCGGACCGGGUUCUUCAUCUAAGAGUUCAGUACUAUAUGAGAAAUGGUCGGCAUAUUGUAGAUGAGAAGGUCCGCAGUCUGUACUGUGCUGAUCUGAAAAACAGAGUUUUGAGCUCUCUGUGUUACGAGCAGGAAGGUUUAUACUUCCAACUGGCUGCAUACGCCUUACAGGCAGACCUGGGUGACUGGAAAGAAGGAGUGGAACCUUACUUCACUCCACAGGACUAUUUUCCUUCUUGGAUUUUGUUAAGGCGUGGAUGUGACUAUGUGGUGCAGCAUACUCCAGAGCUGCACAGAGAACUGAGAGGAAUGUCUGCACAUGAUGCUUCUCUGCGCUACAUCGAGGAAGCCUGUAGCUUGUGUGAUGUGCCUUUCACAUUCUACAGCAUGAGCAAGGGAAAAAAGGAAAAGAGAGCCAACAUGCUGCUGGGCUUGGCUUUGACAGGACUGAACAUAUAUGAACUAGAGAUAGACAGUGGAGAAUAUCAUCUUUUGUAUGAAUUUCCCUGGUCAAGUAUAGAUUGUCUUAAAUUUCAGGGUCGGCGUUUUGAGAUAAGGACAUGUGUUGUGCCUGGGAAAGUCCUGGCGAUGUAUACGCAGUCAGUAAUGCACUCACAUCACCUCCUGAAGCACAUGAGCAACAACCAUCGCCUGCACAUGAAACACUCAUCAGAACAGCUGCAGAGAGAAGAGAGAAGGCAGCAAAAGGAGGUGUAUGUCAGGGACAAUAGUGAUCCAGACUCAGAGGAUAGUGAAGAUGAGCUUCCAUCCUUGAAGACAUACCUGGACAAGGCCCGGCAACACCAUGCUGACUCCUUGGCAAAUAUCUCAGUAGGAAAUACAGCUUGGGAAAUUUCUCAAAAAAUACAAACAGCUGACUUAGAUGAGAUUGAGCUAUGUGUUGAUGAGCCAGAGGAGAUGUCUGUUGAUGAUGCUGAAGAGAUCACAUGGUUGACUGAACUUCGGGACGGUGUGUCUGUAGAUGGGCCUCCAUUAGUCACUGUGUCUCAAUUGAUAGAUUGUACAAAGGAAAUGAAACAGGUUUUAAGGUUGAGAGCUUGCAGUCUUUCUCUGGACCAGUGCAAGGGGAGUGUAGACAACGUUUACGUCUCACACUCACUCAACUCUCACGAAGAGGUUGUCUGCACCCUACUGACAUACAAGCAUAAAGAAGAAGACAUUAUAUUUUAGACAUUGUAGGAAAUUUUAAAUAACAAAAAAUAAUAUAAACUAAAUAAAAUUUAUAUAAAAUAAAGAAGUAGAAUAUCACUGAACAGCAAAAGCUAUGAGGAACUUACCACAAGAU